UCUUUCCUAAUUAUCCUUGGUAGGAAACGUCCCGCACCAGAAGGGAGAAAGAAGGAGAUCAUUUGUUACAGGCCACUGGCCUGUACUUAAGUUGGGAACAUGUUGAGUUCAGCUCAUCUUCUGAUAACUUCAUGGGGACGGGGGGCGUGCAGGGCUGUUUGAUUUGUUUUGGGAAGCGGCUUGCCGUUGCCUUCCUCCCGGGAAAACCCGCCGCUCGGCUAUUCUCUGCCGCGGCGCGUCUAUGAAAACUGCACACCUAGCCUGAGGGUUGCAGCGGAACUGAUCUGUCUUGGCGAGUGGAACUGAAUCGAGGCGGAUAAGCAGAAUCGGGGCGCUCGUACAGGAAGAGGGAUCGAGCCACGGCGGUGGAGAAAGGACGGCUUUUCUCCCUGGAAUAGAGAAGCAGCUUAAUAUGCCAGGGAAAUAGGAAGUGGAAGUGUUUCCUGAAGACAAAGAAUUGGAAUUGCACCAUUUGUAAAGUUGGAGUAUGGAGUCAUUCUAUCUGUUGUUUAGAAAAAGUAGAAGAUUGCCAGUAUUAUUAACAUUGCUGAGCGAGAAAAAACUUUUGCAUAGAUCCCUCACUAUUUCUUCCCCUUUUUAUAAGAAGAAAAGAACAGAGUAUGAAAACAUUGACCAAAAAAAAUACAGAAAUUUGAUCCAUUAUCUCACUUGGGGCAAGGACAGAUCUGACACAUCAGAGCCAUUUGAAGAAGACAGUGCAGGGUGUCAAUACAAGCUUCUAGCUCAUGAGACAGAAACAAAACUCCCUGAGACCUUGAUUCCUCUAAGGAAUCCUAGGAAGAGCUCUUGGCAUCAGAAAAUUGACCACGAGCUGCCCUUACAAAUCCAUUUGCAAAAGAAGGACUGGGCCAGCGUGACAUCUGUUCUGCAGCAGACAAUGCCUGUAGAACAGGCUUUUUACCUGGAGAAGUGGAAAGAGCAAAUGAUUCUGAAACUUGGGAAAGAAGGUUUUGAAGAAUACAUUAAAAAUACUUUUCAAAAAGGUAAGAGCUUUCAUGCAGCCAUGGAAGCCUUACUGUUAACUAAAGAAAAUUUUGUAAAGGAACAGAAAGAAGAUACCAGCAUCUCAAGCUACAUAAUGAGUGUAAAGCACGUGCUACAAGAUAUCACUGGAGUGAGAGCUCUUGAAAGUGCAGUACAGCACGAGGCCCUUCAUUACCAAGGCCUAGUGGAUUGCAUAGCAGAAUAUCGAGGAACAUUGUGCGUAAUUGACUGGAAAACUUCAGGGAAAUCAAAGCCAUUUCUUCAGAAUACGUAUGAUAAUCCACUACAAAUUGCAGCAUACAUAGGAGCAAUUAACCAUGAUAGCAACUAUGAUUUCCAGGUUAAUUGUGGACUCCUUGUGGUUGCCUACAAAGAUGGUUCUCCUGCACAUUCACAUUUUAUGGGCUUCGAGCUAUGCUCCCAGUACUGGAACAAGUGGCUGCUUCGCUUGGAAGAGUUUAAAGAGAAAGGGAAAAAUAGCACUGUGUAAAGCAUGUGUUGUAGUAAAUUAUAUUUAACUCCAUUGCUUUUCUUUCCUUCCAUUUUGGGGGGAGAGGCUGAUAGUAGUAAAGGAGGAAUUUUAACUAGCUGGUGGACAAAUGAUUUUGGAAAGAAAAUGACCAAGUACAGGUGAGGCUUCACCAUCCCUUCCAUUUGCUGAUUCUCCACUGCAAAUGCCCUUUGUUCUUGCCUCUGGAAAAAUAAUCCAUAGGUAAAAAUUUCAAAAUGAUUUUCAUUUCUGAUACGUGUUUUUAGCUGAUUGAAAGCGAAGGUUCUUGCCAGUCACAUUGGUAGCUACUGUUAUGAGGCAAAUACUUUGUGUGAUAUAGUAGUCUGCUCAAGAAAUAGACACAAUUUAUGCACUUCAUGCUAAAAGGAAAACAGACUGUCCGCCCCCCCUUGUUUUUUUUCCUUUGACUCUUGCUUCUGCAUUUUUCCUUCCAGAUCUGUCUGAAGCAAGUAGACUUUGGUAACAAGUCCAAAUAGUUUGAUCAUAACACUGAUUGACAUUCCAGAACAAAAUAAAAAUUUGGUUUCUGUAAGAUGAGAAGGCAAGUUGAUUACAAAGUAAGCAGAACGAAAAAAAGACAGGAUAAAGAAGUAUUGGUUUUGCAUGCUUGUCUUUGUUUCUCAAUUGACUGUUUCAACAUUUUAUGUUGGGGAUUACAAAAAAGUUAAGAAUUUAAGAGAAUAAUUAUCCAAUUCAUUUUAUAUUUCUCUAUUUUAUUACUUCUAGUUUUAUAUAAUAAUAUACUAUUUGUUGUGUAACAAAAGAGUUUAAAUGAAGAAAUAGGUUCAUGUAAAUAACUGAGUUCUAGAGAACUCCUUUUGGGGAAAUAUGUUUCAUUCUGAUAAGAGAGCUAUGUGUCUCCAAUAAAGUAAGGCUACAAAACCUUGGGAGAGAAAUAACUCAAAAGCUAAUUUCUGCCACAGAUGUCUAAAUCUUUAGAUUGGGUUCUCACACCACAUUAGAGUAGGUUAAACACGAUUCAGCAUAUUUAGGGAACCAAUCCAUUGUUUUCUGUGACCAUGCCAUCAAAUUAUGUCAUAAUAUGCUUCAUUUCUUUGGACAUAGCGUGUACUGAACACAGUAAUGUGUGUUGUUAAUCUAGGUUUAGUAGGCUGUGAUAACCAAGCCUUUAUGUAUUUAUCCAGUAUAAUCCGUUGCACUGUUACAGAUCCUCAUUUUUUCUAGGGGUUAUAUCUAUUGGAGAUGUCACUUUGUUUUGUAAAACAGCUAUCAGCUUUUUUGAAGUUUUCUGCAGAAAAGCACUUCCAGGAUGAACAUUACUGAUAUGCACAUACAAGUCCUCUUGGGUUGGGCCUGUGUAACCACAAUCUUCACAAACAUACAGUUUAUCUCUCCGUUGCUUGUAAGCAUAUUGUUGCUGUACCCCAUGGAUUUUUUUAAGGUGUGAUUCCAGAGAACAGCGUUGAGUAAAGGCUUUGUUGCAGAUCUCGCAUUUGUAUGGGCGAAUUCCUGCAAUGUAACAUUAGGGGUGUUAGAAAAUGGAUUUUAUAAAGAAUUAUUGGCAAUUAUAGCAAAAUAUAUAAUGUACAGAUAUUACAUUAGAAUGAGCAACUUAUACCUAUUUUACUUUAUAUACUCCUUUGCAAGUAAUAAACUAUCUCUAUCCUGAUGGCAAAAAAGUGAGGAGAAAGAGAAAAUGAUGGUUUUGCUUACUUCUGAUUUGGCCACUACUAGCAUGCCAUCUCCAAUAGAUUAAAUUUGACAGGAAAACAAUUAGCUAUCUAUGCCUUAUAUCAUUACAAACAGACUGUAUUAACACAACAUGCUUUAUCAAAAUGUUAUCAAAUUAAAUUAAAGUUAAAUGGUUAUCAAAA